AUGCGCGUGGUUACCGUGGUAAUUCUGCUCUUCUUUUGUGAAGCCGCUGAGCUCCGCAAGGCAAGCCUGGGGGGCCCGAGAGGCAGAGCGAAUCAUGGCAGGGCGGGCGGGAGCAGGAGAGGCUCCAACCCGGUCAAACGCUACGCACCAGGCCUCCCCUGCGAAGUCUACACGUAUCUUUACGAGAAAUACUUAGAUUGCCAGGAAAGAAAACUAGUUUACGUGCUGCCUGACUGGCCUCAGGAUUUGCUGCACAUGUUGUUAGCAAGAAACAAGAUCCGCAUAUUGAAGAACAAGAUGUUUUCCAAGUUUAAAAGGCUGAAGAGCCUGGAUCUGCAACAGAAUGAGAUCUCCAAAAUUGAGAGCGAGGCUUUCUUUGGUUUAAAUAAACUGACCACUCUCCUCCUGCAGCACAACCAAAUCAAAGUCUUGACGGAGGAAGUGUUCAUUUAUACGCCUCUCCUGAGGUACCUGCGUCUUUAUGACAACCCCUGGCACUGUACAUGUGAGAUGGAAACGCUUGUUUCCAUGUUGCGAAUUCCAAGAAACCGGAAUUUGGGGAACUACGCCAAGUGUGAAAGUCCCCAAGAACUGAAAAACAAAAAACUGCGGCAGAUAAAAUCUGAACAGUUAUGCAAUGAAGAAGAAAGCAAACAGUUAGACCCGAGACCCCAAGUAUCCGGGAGACCCCCUGUCAUCAAGCCGGAGGUGGACUCCUCUCUUUGCUACAAUUACGUGUUUCCCAUACAAACGCUGGACUGCAAACGGAAAGAGCUGAAGAAAGUUCCAAAGAACAUCCCUCCAGAUAUUGUUAAACUUGACUUGUCAUACAAUAAAAUCAACCAGCUUCGACCCAAGGAGUUUGAAGAUGUUCAUGAGCUAAAAAAAUUAAACCUCAGCAGCAAUGGCAUUGAAUUCAUAGAUCCUGCUGCUUUUUUAGGACUCACACAUUUAGAAGAGUUAGAUUUAUCCAACAACAGUCUACAAAACUUUGACUAUGGAGUAUUAGAAGACUUGUAUUUUUUGAAACUCUUGUGGCUCCGAGAUAACCCUUGGAGAUGUGACUACAAUAUCCACUACCUCUACUACUGGUUAAAGCAUCACUACAACGUCCACUAUAGUGGCCUGGAAUGCAAAAUGCCUGAAGAGUACAAAGGGUGGUUUGUGGGAAAAUACAUUCGCACUUACUUCGAAGAAUGCCCCAAAGACAAAUUACCAGCAUACCCUGAAACAUUUGACCAGGAUACGGAAGAUGAUGAAUGGGAAAGAAUACAUAAGGAUCACACAGCAAAGAAGCAAAGUGUAAGAAUCACUAUAGUGGGAUAACUGAGAAAUUGUUCUCAGGUUUUGUGUUUGCUAGACCGAUGUCAGAAAACCACAUGUUUACAUUGGGAUUAAUGUGUUGCCUAUUGAUGCAGGAUUAUCCAGCUAAAGGAAGGGUCCCUUAAUUAGUAGUAGUAGUAUUGUGAGAAUUCUAGCACUCAAGGGAAUACUUUCAUCCUGCUUUCCUGACUGUUGGCAGACCGGCCUUUAGUGACAAUUCUGCACGGGUAAACUGCAGGAUUUGGGUCCUAAUGAUGGCAUUGGAACUUCAUAAUGUCCUGUAUAAAUGUUUUUACUGCUUUUUGAAAAUAAAAAAAAAGUUGGUU